AUGGACGUGGUGAAGGCGGCGCAGCUAUCGGGUCGGACACUGGAGAAGGUGGUGGUGCACCCGCUGGUGCUGCUCAGCAUCGUCGACCACUACAACCGCGCCACCCGUGACACCAGGAAGCACGUCGUCGGCAUGCUCCUCGGCACGUCCUCCGACGGUGUCAUUGACGUCACCAACUCCUAUGCCGUGCCGUUUGAGGAGGUUGACAAGGACCGAAGGAUCUGGUUCCUCGACCAUAAUUACCAUGAGUCUAUGUUCUCCAUGUUCAAGUGGAUCAGCGCCAAGGAGCAUGUCGUUGACUGGUACAACACUGGUGCAAAACUGAAGGAGAAUGACUUGGAUGUUCAUGCAUUGUUUACCAAGUAUGAUUCUGCUCUACAACCAUUUAUCCUGCAGUAA